CAUAAGAUAACCAGUCCCAGUUCAAAUCUGUUGCCAGAAGACUCAUUAAAAUCAUGGUAGAUAGUUACUUGGUAUCUGAUGCUUUCAAAAAGCCUAGUUUGGAACAAAGGUUUCUGAUGUUUAGAUGAAGAAUACCUGGACCAGACGUGAAAACCAGUUAAAAACAGAACAUUGAUGAGAGCAAACAACAGGGGCAUGAUAUCAGCAAACAUUAUGGUUUAAAAUAAAAAAUAAUAAAACUCCAAUAAAAUUUAGGCAGAUUUCUGCUUCUUACUCGUCUGCAACACAUCCACCAUGUUUCAAAUAUUCCUGCUGUUUUUGCGCUAAUUUUAGUUUCUGCUAGCAGGACGUUCAUGUUGAACUCAGUGAGUUUGAUCUGAAUUCAUAUGUGAGAAAAUGAUUACACACAAAUGAACCUGGAGCAAACAUUAAAAUGAGCAGAGAGACUGAAAGAAAAAUUGAUCACAGCUUUAUAUAUUUGUGAUAAUGAUGUGAAAGAAAAAUGUUCAAAGAAUAAUAUUAGUAAUAUAAUUAAUUAUGUUACUGUCUCUGCUUCCAAACACUGCUGCUCUUCCUUAUUUAAUGAUAUACAGCAGAAGAAUGCAUGGAGGACCUGUGAUAAAUAUUGUAUCAAUAAUAAGGUUAAGCAAGUGUCUUACAACAUGUCGCAGAUUUGUUGUACGGACCUGUUUAAACUGUCUCUAUAAGUUUUGGAAACCAAAAAAAAACAAACAAACAAACAAACAAAGGUGUCUGCUCAGUCAGGAGUGUAGGGGGAGGGGCUCUAAGUUGACCUAACGGGCUGUGAAUGGACAGCAGACGGCAGAGGGAAGUGACGUUUCAGGAAGUGAAAUGAGAAUAGAAGUGGAUGGUGAGCGAUGUAGCGGUGAGAUAAGACAUAAUAAGACAAACAAACAAAAAACAAACGGAAAAGGAGAACGACAAGCAGAGUGAAAGUAAACCUGUAAUGUGGAGGAAACGGACAGUGAGCGCAGUGUAACCGUGACAACGAGACACUGAGGACGGAUUUAAAGUGAUCAUAAAAUCGUCUCCAGACGGUCGUCGUUCGUAGGCAGGAUUAAUACACCUGUAAGCUGAUUUGUCAAACGCCAUCAAGCCCCGAAGAAGAACGGAGGAGGACAGCACUACUGUGGUAGAGGAGCGGUGUGUGUGCAGACAUGGCUGCUGUUGAUGAAGCGGACUGAACUUAGAGGAGAGACACAAACUGAAGUAUCCAUCCCCUCACGUCAGUGUGGAUCUGACACCAACGUCUGUAUCACUUCAUCGAUGCUUGUAUCGAUCCGUCCAGCCCGAGUUGAAGCAGCAAUGAGUUCAGUUCAGUAUCUGAGAGAGUUCAUCAAGGAGAGACUAACUGCUGUUUGUGAAGAAAUCUUCUCAGAGGUUCAAAAAACCAUCGUCCAGUAUGAGGAGGAGACCAACCGUCAGCACAGACUGCUGGAUAUCAGCCGGAAACCCGACAGAAACUCACACAUCAUAGACCUCCCACGACAACAUGACUGUGAGGAAGAGGAGGGUCUGGAUGAGCAGCAGGUCUUUAACCAGGAGAGGAACUCCAGUCUGGACCAGGAGGACCCAGAGCCUCCACAGAUUAAAGAGGAACAGGAGGAACCCUGCAGCAGUCAGGAGGGAGAGCAGCUUGGACUGAAGCAGGAGUCUGAAGGCAUUAUUGUCUGGACUGAUGAAGAGCAGCUCAGACAGAUGGAGACCAUCUGGAAACCUGAGAUAAAGCUAUACAGAAUAGAUGUUGUACAGCAGGAUGGUUUUGAGGAAGAAGAGGUUCUUACAGACCAGCAGGUCUGUAACCAGGAGAGGAACUCCAGUCUGGACCAGGAGGACCCAGAGCCUCCAAAGAUUAAAGAGGAACAGGAGGAGCUCUGCAGCAGUCAGGAGGGAGAGCAGCUUGGACUGAAGCAGGAGGCUGAUACUUUCAUGGUGACACCCGCUUAUGAGGAAAGUUCCCACAGUGAACCAGAACCAAAAAGUGAGCAGCUCCUUCCUCACAGCUCUUCUAGAGCAGGGAGCCGAGAUCACGAAGAAAGCCAGCAUGUGGACUCAGGAUCUUCUAGACAUACGGAGCUAAAGAACAGACAUCACAGAAAGAGAAGUCCAAGUAGAACGGACACAAAAAACAAGUCUGUUCAAUGUGAUGUAUGCGGAAAAACUUUACCUGAUAAAUACAGAAUGACUGUACAUCUAAGAGUUCACACAGCAUGUCUUUAUCCUGUCUUCCGCCCCUCCCUGAGCCUGGUUCUGCCAGAAGUUUCUUCCUGCUAAAAGGGAGUUCUUCCUUCAAUCAAAGCUCACAUGUUUUAUAUAACUAAAAUGUUUAAUUAUGUGGGUAACAGAAAAUAUUUAAGUUAUAGACUAUAUUUAUAUGAAAAGCAUGUAUACUUACUACAGUUGAAUCAUUUUAACCAUAUGUAACCAACUGCUUAUGUGUUUGAAAAAAAAAGGCUUUGAUUUUACCACCCUAAGAAAAUUUCUCUAGAUCCACCCCUGGACCCUGAGAGGAAAAUCCACCUCUUAAUCAUCCAGUGCGUAGAUGUCAUGACCACAGUCACUUCAAAUAAGUUAUCAAAUCUCCAGCAUACCCUGAGUUGAUUGUAUUCCUUUAAAACAUUCAGUUUUUCUCACAAACACUGGAUCAGAUUCAUGUGCGUGUCCGUGGGAGCACCAGCACUCCCUGUAGCAUCGACAGGCUGGAGGUUUCCAGUUCCAAACCUCCCGCCUGUUUUAUAGAGCGGCAACAACCCACAUCAGCUGUUUCAGGAUUUCCCUCAUCACAAAAGUGAAAUGUAGUUUUUAGGCAAGAGUGGAUUUGAAAUCAACCAGUCAAGAUGUGAUUGAAGUGCAGUCUUUUAGCCUUAAUUUAAGGCGUUUAACAAAAACACUGGAUUAACCACUGUUUUUAUACUUUUUCUAUUUUUAAGCCAAUUUUGUGAGGCUUAAAAAUACCUGAAUAGUUACUGAUAGUUUCAUGACCAGGUGAGGCCUGUUCUCUCAUUAUCCAAGGAGAAACUCGUCAGAUUACUGGAACUGUCAACAUGAAGUCUACAGAGGUAUCAGUGCCAGUGAAGGAGGGAUUAUGUUUAAAAUCAGCACUUUUAAAGUGUACAGAGGCAAGACUACAGUGUGUUUGUGUCUAAAUACUUAUGGCUCCUCACACACCUUGAGUGUGAGCUCAUCCUCGCUUUCUGCUGUGAUGUGAAACAGAACUUUGGCCAUUCCUUUAGCCACAGACUGCUGGCCUGUGAUUGGCUGAGCUGGAGAAGAGAAAAAAAAGAAAGGAAAAACAGCUACGGCCCACACCUCAGUCUGCACACACACCAUUUAAAAAAAAAUCAAUAACUGAGAGAGUCACUUACAUUUUAAAUGAAUGUUGACAGCAUUCUAGUAAAUAAGGGCAGAUGGCAAGAAGAGGAACUGGGAACGUGAUUUUGGGAUGACCUCAUUGGGUGCUAGCUGUGUCUCCCCUUCCACUAAUAUGAGGUGAAAAGGGGGAAGGAGGGCCAUGAAAAACUAGUCCCACUCCUUAACGUCAGAUAAUAUAUGUCCAACUAAUUAAAAUCAAAUAUAAAUAAAGUUGUGUAACAGAAAUGUAUCUAAUCUUAUGUUUGUAUACUGUUUUAUCAUCACAUCCUGUUACUUACCUGAGCUUGGUCCACCUUGGUUGGUCUCCUUGUUUUUUUGCAGGUCUCUGUAAUGUCUCAGCAUAGAUGAGGUGAUGUUGUUGAAUCCAAGCUCUUUUGAACACAACAGAAAUUAUAAGAAAGACGUUAGAACAUGUGAUCUGCUGUGUUGUUUAUUGGUAUUUCUGUAGUUAUUAUUACUACCCAGCAGAAAUGUUGCACCUCUGAAUAGGGGAGUUAAGAACAACACAGUGACUGUUCACCUCCCCCUACAGGCUAAUUUGAAGACACUUCUGUGUUAUGAUUUACUUUUGUUUGUGUUUGAUAAGGUUUGUGGUCUUGCCACAUGUGUUACAAACUGUGUAUUUGUCACAAUGGCCACGGGCCGAUAGCUAAAUUGGAUUCGAUUGCAGAUAACCACAAACAGAGACGGCUCAAACGUUUUGCAGUGUUUAUUGUUUAGUCAACAAGUGAAUACGUGACAAGGUGUUGCUAACGAUGUAGCCGUGGGUCAGUGGGGGGUGAACAGGGAUUUAGCAGGUUGCGACGGGAACAGAGCGGUUGCGUCUGGGAAGAAAAGAGAACAGGGUUAAGAAGGCGGCAGGUGCAGGGUAUCCUAGCAGAAGUGAAACUGACUGAUAGCACUUACUGGUGACCGGCGUGAACCUCGCUUUGAGGGAGAGGCAGUGAUAGUCCAGAGGAGUAGUGGAAAGGCUGGCAGACCGGAGUUCCGCUGUGUCCAAGGUGGUGAGUGAGGCUGGAGGGCAGGCAGGGGAGGGUCCUUGUAUUCUUCCUGAAUAUGAAUAUAAUCCAAGGAGAGCUGAGGUUGAGGGUGAUAGCAAAGAAGGUCCAGGAAAUCUGAAGCACAUGAAACCAAGGUUAACAAGGAAAAAGUGGCAAGAGCGUAAAAAGCCGUAGAGUCAAUACCAACAUGAGGUCGUUGACAAACUGGCAGUGAAGGAGAGUCUGAGGAGGCCUUAAAUCCUCAACCUGAUUGCCCCGAAUCAGUCUCAAGUAUGUAUGUGCCUGUUUGUCUAUGUCUAUGUGUCAGGUCGCGUUUUUCUGUCGAAAUCACAGACAAACAGUAUCCCGCAUUCUUGAUUUUUGGUUCACAAACACUUCUUACAACGACUAACUACUGAAAUUUUGGAGAUGUUUGCUCUUUAUACAGUGAAGUUAUAGGGGUAGAAAUAAUAUCAGGCUGAUCCUGCCACAAUUUGUUCCACCUGUCUAAAUCAUAGACAAACAGUAUCCCACACUCUUGAUUUUUAGUCUACGAACACCUCUUAUUAUGACUAACUACUCCUGAAAUGUUGGAGGUUUUAGCUCUGUACAGAAGAAUACAAAUAAUUAUCAGUCAAAAAGUCCUUGGUUUAUUGAAAUAAUCCCGUCCAAUAACAUGAGGACAGUAUAUGUAUCAUUUUCUGUUGUAACCCACAAACUGAAUGGCAAUGUAACAACACUCAUUUUUCACAAAAGCAGUUCAAUACUUCCACGUCUAGUUGGUUGUAAUGGAGGCGGAUUCAACUGGAUCUGCUCGCCCUGCCCAGCAAAUGCUCCCGACGCAAGGGAAAUAAAUCCUGUCUCCAUGCCACAGCUCUGCAGUCAAAAACAGGCUCACUGCAGCCACUAAGAGUGAAUAGUAUUAAACUCUCACUAAGUUAGAUAUUUUUCAUCUCUGUUCACAGGUUUCUGGGUUGUUGGGUUUUUUUUUUUAUAAGACUGAACUCUAUUUUUCCAUGUUUAUUUUUCCAUUUUUCAAUGUUCACAUUCUGCUUAAUUUGUUGCUUUUUUGAAGAAGUGGUGGAGACUAAUGAAGCAGUCUAGUGAUGAAAGUUACAAAUAGUUGUUUGAAAUGAAAGUUAAAACAAAUAAUACUUAAGGAUUCACUGUGAAUGAGUUUAUUGUCUAAAUAAAGUUGCAGCUAGGCUUUUCUGU